UCUCUCUCUCUCUCGCUCUCUCUCUGUGGGACCAUGGGUCUACUGGCGAAGACCACCGCCUCGCGCCUCUUGCCGCACGUCCGCGUCCUCUCCCUCCACACUACCGCCCCUUCCCUCUCCCCAGCCGCCGGGGGCGCCACGUCCACUCCGACCCCCUACGCCCGCGCGCCUCCUCCCUCCGCCUCCUCGCCACCCGGCCUCUCCAAGGCGGCGGAGUACGUGAUCUCCAAGGUCGACGAUCUCAUGAACUGGGGCCGUCGCGGCUCCAUCUGGCCCCUGACCUUCGGCCUCGCCUGCUGCGCCGUCGAGAUGAUGCACACCGGCGCCGCCCGGUACGAUUUCGAUCGCUUCGGCCUCAUCUUCAGGCCCAGCCCUCGCCAUUCCGAUUGCAUGAUCAUCUCCGGCACGCUCACCAACAAGAUGGCUCCUGCUCUUCGCAAGUAG